AUGCAGACCUUUCCCCCACGCACCCUUGAUGCCAUCCUCCAAGUCGGUCGUUCUGCUUUGACAACCGUCAAGGACCUCCCCCUGGACACUACUAAGGAAAACCUCCUCCUCUCCAACUACUUCCACACCCAUACAGCUAGUGAGUGCAAAAACAUCCUCCUCUCCCAAGCGCAAGGAUUUGCUUACUUCGAUGGUGCCGAUGGUACCCUCCUGCAAGUCAUCUGCGCUAAGCAGGUCGGCCCAAACCUGCACUGGGCAUCCGCCAAUGAUAGCUAUGAUGCCCCCACCCCAGUUGCUUUUUCUUUAGAUGCCCUCGGCAGCAGCGUCAUAUCUAUUGCCCGAGACGACCUCGCUCGAGAAUGUCAAGCCCGGCACCUUCAUGACGCCCAAUACUCUGCCCACACUGCCUUGGCCCCCGAUAGCACCGACCCUCCCGAGGACAUCCACUGGCCCAGUGGGGACGGCGUGUUCACCGAAGUCAAAAAGUUCUUCCCCAUCUACCCUGGUGCCAACAUCCCACCAAGCCUUACGCUAUCCACCGCCCCACCAGCCAAUCUGGAAUCCUUCCACCCCCAAUUCCGACUCUGGUACGAGGCAAUGAAGUACCUCCACGACCACAAUGAGUCCCAGAGCCUCCAUUCCCACACCCACAUCUUCAGCGCCGACACCAUCCCAACCGAUCGAUUUCCCGACAGCGACCUGGCUACGCAUCUGACAUAUUCCCCAUCCACCGUCAGUGCAUUUGCAGCUGAAGUCCCCACCUACAAAGCCCUCUUCGAAGAAUUCAAACGGCACUCGGCCCUCUCUACUUUAGCAUCUACUAAUCAUGUCACUACUCAAGAAGCUCCAGCAGCCCCCCUUCCAGCAGGAGCCCCAUUCGAUAGCGAACUUUUUGCCCAGAUCAUGGCCAAUGCUCUCAAAGGCACCAAUGCCAGCACCAAGGAAAAAGAUCUGGCCCGCACUUCAGCCAGUGCUAAAGACUCUUUCAGCCUGAUUUUUGGCCGAGUCAAACCGGUCAUCCAGCUUGACGGCUCUACUGUCAACGAAUUCCACCCAUCCGUCCUCACUGACGACUUUAUCACUUUCUUGGAAAUAGGUUCGAUCAAAGAGGCCCUACGCCACCUCCAUGACACCUUUGCCCACAUCACCGAUACCCUCACCACUCGGAACAAUUACGACCGUAACGUCGACUUCGAUAUUGCCCUCUUCCAACACGCUACAGUCACUGCCCUCAAAACAUGCAGCUUUGGAGUCCGCCCCCUCACCAUGCACCCCCACGAAGCCACGUCACUUCUCAGCCUCCUAGCUUGGCUCCCACCGAACAAAAAUGAUGUCAGAUACACCACUUUCCUCUCGGAGGGCCGAGACAUAAUCCGCCAGGAAGCCAUGGAAGAAGACAAGUCCAAGCAAGCCGCGAAAAAGACAGACAUCUUUGUUCAUGGCGACGUCAGUUCUGUCGAAGCUCUGAUCAAGAUGUUAGCGAAUUUCUUUGCCUUUGUCAAAUACUGUGUCAAAGACUUUACCUUCGAUGACCCCCCGUUAAUUGUCACACUCUUGGAGGAUUUCAUGAACGCCCUCCACACACCUGCUGCCAAAGAUUGGAUCCGUUACAAUGCCGCAGUCCCACACCUCCCAUUGUGUCUCCUCCUCGAAAUGAACCAGAUCUUGCAGAUUGUUGUGGGAGCCGCAAAAAACAAAACGACUCAAAGUAAACUUCGUAAUGGCCAACCGAUCAUGGCAGACACGUUCGUGAACGCUUUCAGUGGAGUCACACAAGCCAUCAGCCACAUCAAUCUCUCCAUCAGUAUGGGCAACCUUGGCCCGUACGGUACAUGCCCCAACCUGCAUGCUAUUCUCACUGGAAAACCAACCCCAGCUCCCAAACGCCUGACCCAACCAAACGCGCAAAGCACCCACCUCAAGGAACUCAUCCCGGAUACCUGA